AUGACGACUCGCGGCCUCGCCCUCCUCCGGGCAGUCCGCCCUGCGCCGCGCCUCGCGCGCGCUGUGCUCCCGGCACGCAGCCUGGCCACGUCGGCACGAGUAGCGACCAAGCCGCUGACCUAUGCGCCUGGGCUGCGCGCGCACCACGGCCCUCGGGAGCGCGCAACGCACGAGAUCGCCGAGCUUGGCCCCGCGAACGUCGGACAGCGGGUCACGCUCUCUGGCUGGCUGUACUCUGCGAAGCAGAUCGGCGAGAAGCUCUACUUCUUUGGCCUGCGCUCGCCCGAGGGGCUGGUCCAGCUCGUCGUGCGCGACCCUGCUCUUGGCGCGCAGCUCGAGUCGUGGCCCCUCGACUCGGUGGUCCAGAUCGACGGCCAGGUCAUCGCGCGCAAGGCCAAGGCCAAGUCCGCGAGCAAGCCGACCGACGAGAUCGAGGUCGAGGUCAGCUCGGCGCUCCUCCUCAACCCGGCGCAGGCGACGCUGCCGUUCUACCCCAACCGCCCGCCGCUGGCCAACGACGACCUGCGCGCACAGCACCGCUACCUCGACCUGAGGCGGCAGGAGCUCGCGGACAACCUGCGCACGCGGAGCAAGGUGGCGCACAUCACCCGCAACUACCUGCACGAGCAGGGCUUCACCGAGGUCGAGACGCCGAUCCUGCUCAACUCGAGCCCGGAGGGUGCGCGCGAGUUCCUCGUCCCGUCGAGGGUUGCCGCCGGCGCCAAGCCGAGCUUCUACGCGCUCCCCCAGAGCCCGCAGCAGCCCAAGCAGCUGCUCGUCGCGUCGGGCGCCGUGCCAAAGUACUUCCAGAUCGCCAAGUGCUUCCGCGACGAGGACGGACGUAAGGACCGCCAGCCGGAGUUUACGCAGAUCGACAUCGAGAUGGCGUUUGUUGAUGGCGCGCCGCAGCCCACAGGGCCAGACGCGAUGCGGAGUACCUGGGCCAUUGGCGGCGGCCAGGUGCGCGACGUUGUGGAGGGCCUUGUGAAGAAGAUCUGGCGCGAGGUCAAGGGCGAGGAGCUCGAGGGCUGGUUCCGCAUCGUGCCGUACGACGUCGCCAUGGACGUGUACGGCUCCGACAAGCCCGACACGCGGUACGAGAUGUAUACCCUCCCGAUUGGAUACUACCCCACGCUGUCGGACGAGUCGCUCGACAAGAUCCUGGUCGACGAGCGCCCGUCGACCGUCGAGUGGAUGAUCACGCCAGCGGCCAUUGCCUCGGGCCUCGAUAUCCCGUCGUUCGCCGAGACGUCGCAGCGGAUCGACUACGUCCGCAUCACCGAGCAGAACCAGUUCUCGUGGGCCGAGGACAGCGUGCUCACCAAGCCGUACGGGUUCGCGUUCGACCCCACGCUGCCGGGCGGCGCGCAGCCAGGCGACGUGAUCUGGCUCUCGCAGCGGCCCAAGAUCGCCGAGGGGGGCUGGACGCCACUGGGCCGUCUGCGCACGCAGAUCGCCGAGGCGGCCGUGGCCAAGGGGCUGCUCACGCUGCCCGCCAACGCCCACUUCCUCUGGGUGACCCAGUUCCCGCUCUUCACCAAGGCAGACGAGGACAAGGCUGCGCUCUCCCGCGGCCGGUGGGCUGCCUCGCACCACCCCUUCACUGCGCCCGUUGCUGACGACAUGCCACUGCUGGAGAAGGGCGACGUCGCCGCCGUCAAGGGGCAGCACUACGACCUCGUGCUCAACGGGCAGGAGAUUGGCGGCGGCUCGGUGCGUAUCCACGACGCCGCGCUGCAGGAGUACGUGUUCCGCGAUGUGCUCGAGCUCGACGAGGAGGAGGUCGGCCGCUUCGGACACCUCCUCCAGGCGCUCAAGAGCGGCGCGCCGCCCCACGCAGGCAUCGCCCUCGGGUUCGACCGCCUCGUCGCUAUCCUCUGCGACGCCAAGUCGAUCCGCGACGUCAUCGCCUUCCCCAAGACGGGCACCACCGGCGCCGACCCCGUCUUCCGCUCGCCUUCGCCUGCCGCGCCGUCAGUCCUGCUCGAGUACGGGCUCAAGCCGGCUGCUGAGCCCAAGCAGACCGAAGCGGAGAAGCACGCCGCGUUCGAGGCCGAGGAGAAGAAGGCCAAGGCCGACACGCCCGACAUUGCCAUGGGCGAUCUGCUCAUGUAGGGGACGGCGACCCAGUAGACAUUGGAUAUCAUGCAUCACUCAUACAUUAGAG